AUGGCGACCUCACCACCAGGCUCGCCUGCCAACGGGGUCCCGCGGCCCAUGAGCGCAAUAAUUCGCCCGAAUCGCAGCUCGAGUCGCAUGAGCAUCAGCAGCAAGCCCGGUGGGAGCAAGGCCUCGGACGAGGACAGCAAGACGGCUGUCAAAGUCGCUGUCCGCGUCCGCCCUGCCCUCCAGUACGGAGAGCCUGGCUACGAGCUCAUUCCCCAGCGAUUCCGCAAUGCCCUGUGUCACGUCACUUCAAACUCAAGUCUGACAGUCGACGCCCCGGGCGGCAAAAAGGUCUUUGUCUUUGACCGUGUAUUCAAUGAGGAGGUUGAUCAAGAGGGCGUCUUCGAGUAUGUCUCGGACAGCGUCAACUCGUUUGUACAAGGUUACAAUGUCUCCAUCCUUGCAUACGGCCAGUCGGGCGCCGGCAAGUCGUACACAAUGGGCACCACCGGCCCACGAGAUCAGUCCAAUCCCGAUGUCAUGGGCAUCAUCCCCCGCGCCGCUGCAUUACUCUUCGACAAGCUCGAGGGGCCUAGCAAAAGCCCAACCUCCGGCAUUCGCACUCCCAGCCGUCUGUCGGGCAUGCAGAACGUCUCUGCCAAGUCUUCAUCGCAGGCGAAUAGAAACUGGCAGCUCAAGGCCACAUAUGUCGAGAUCUAUAAUGAGCAACUGCGCGACUUACUCCUCCCCGAGCACGUAGCUGCCCAAGAGCGACCUCAGGUCAAUAUCCGAGAGGACCGCGAUGGUCGCAUCAUCCUCACAGGACUGACCCAAAUACCCGUCAACUCAAUCGACGAUUUGCUCGGCGCCCUCAACUUCGGCUCCGCAAUCCGACAAACCGAUGCCACGGCCGUCAACGCCAAAUCGUCGCGCUCUCAUGCCGUCUUUAGUUUGAACUUGGUUCACAAGAAAUCUUCCACAGUCCCCACUUCCACCCGUGAGAAGCGCCGAUCGGUGCCCAUUGAAAUGAUGUCGGGCUCAAGCGAGAGCUGGGUGACGGUCGACAGCAAACUGCAUUUCGUCGACUUGGCAGGAAGUGAGCGACUAAAGAACACACAAGCCCAGGGUGAGCGAGCAAAGGAGGGUAUCUCCAUCAAUGCAGGUCUGGCAAGCUUGGGCAAGGUCAUCUCGCAGCUGUCGGCCCGUUCGCACGGAGGCUACGUAUCGUACCGCGACUCUCGGCUCACACGCCUGCUGCAAGACUCGCUUGGUGGCAACGCCAUCACAUACAUGAUUGCCUGUGUCAAUCCGGCCGAAUUCCAUCUGAGCGAAACCCUCAACACCGUCCAGUAUGCGCAGCGUGCCCGCGCCAUCCAGGUCAAACCCCAGAUUCAACAGAUUCAUGAUGACAGUGAUAAGCAAGCCGUCAUCGACCGGCUGAGAGCCGAAGUGCAGUUCCUGCGGGACCAAAUUCGCCUAUCCGAGCGCACCGACCGAAAGAAGGCCACCCCCCAGGAGCGUGCCGAGAGGCAGGAUGAGCGCGAAGUCGAGCUGCAGAACCAGCUGCUGGAUGUCCAAGAAAACUACAAUGCUCUCAGCGCCCGCCACGCUAAGCUCAUCUCUGAGAUCACAAAGGCACGUGAUGACAACGAGUCGGAGACGCCCAUGCUCAAGGAUGCAAUUGGAGACUCUGCGCUGGAACGACUGAAGCGAUCCAACUCGUUCGCCGAGGCUGUCGAAUCCGUAGUCUUGGAAUACGAGAAGACGAUUCAGUCGCUGGAAUCAUCUCUCUCCAACACGCGAUCCACCCUGUCAACCCACGAAAGCGAUCUUCUGGAAAAGGAGACGCGCAUUGCCAUCCUCGAGAGCCAGAACCAACAUCUGCAGUCUCGCCUCCAGAAAGCCAUGGAGCGUGACGCAAACAACGAAGAGUAUGUGCAAUCACUCGAGCGCCAAAUCGACUCAUCGGUCAAUGGCAUUGAGAGAAACGAUUCCGUCAUUGCCGAGCUGCGUGAAAAGUUGCAAAAAGCCCGUGAAAACGAGUCGAGCAGCGAAGAGUACAUUUCCACACUAGAAGAGCGCCUGGCGGAGAACGAACAAGAAACGGAAAUGAUGAGCCGUGAGAUUGAACGCCUCAAGCAUGUGGUUGAGAGGCAGCGAAGCGUCGCCAAGCUUGACAACUUGCUCUACGAACUCGACAAGACGGACUCGAAAGUAGAUGACAACCAUGUCAACGGUCACUCCAAGACCCCGAGCGACCCCUUUAUUGACAAGCGGCCCAUUCUCGAGAAGCGAGUCACGGCUGACAGCAUGCACCAGUUUGGCACCCCUGUCGACGCCAUUCCCGAAGAGGCUGACAGCGAGCGCCCUCAGACUGCUAGUACCUAUGCUGCUGCCCAACAUCGUGAUGCCGAGCACGAAAACGACUUUGCUGUCAAGUCUGUCGCCAACGACCGGUCGCGUGGCGAGGCCAACGAGGAGCCUUCCAGUCCUGCACAAACUCGCUUUGUCCACGACAAGCUCGACACAGUGACGCAAGAGCUGCUGGACCUCCGUGUAGAGCACGAAGGGACGCUUCAAGACUACGAAAAACUUGCCAGCAAGUAUCAGGAGGCGUUGCGCACUCUGGCUGCUCUCCAGGAUUCUGUAGACGAAGCGCGUCACCGCGCCCCAUCGUCUGUACCGUCUUCUCGACCAACGUCUUUUUUAGCAAACGCGGGGGUGAAUGGACUCACAGCAGAGGAUGGACAACUCUCAUCCUCGCGUACCUUGUCUGCGGAAUUGUCCUUGGCGGAGUCUGGCAAUACCAGUACACAAGACGAGGAGACGGAACUUGGCCGUGAUGUGACCAAUGCACAACGAGCAUCAGUCGAUUCGUUGGGCAAAGCCCACCACCUUCCUGACACUAUUCUUGUCCAGGAACUCAAUGCCCUGAAGCUGCUGCACGAAGAAAAGGAGGAGCGCAUCAACCAGCUUCAGCAGACGUACUCUGAGUUGCAAGAAGAACAUCAGGAUACGCUCGACUACGUCGAAGAGCUCAAAUCAGAAAUCACAAAGGCCCAGAUGAACCGGCCAACCUCACCAUCGGUGCACAUGAUUCGCCGAAAGUCGAGCCAAGCUGUCCUUGCCAAUGACCGCGCGAACCGAGCCUUUGCUUCUCUGCGAAACCUGGUUCUGGAUACGCUCGAGGACGACGCCGAUGCCAUCCAGACCUUUGAGCUCAACCUGAACACCAUCAUGUCCGAACUCCAUGCCCGUUCAGAGCGCGUUCAGGACUUGGAAUUUGAACUCCAGGCCAUUCGCAAGGAGAUGGAGGGCAAAAUGACCUUGAUUAGCGGCCUGACAAAGGAACGCUCCAGCUUGAAAGCCGGAUCUCCUCUUGACAUCUCCAUUGUGUCUUCAAUGCAGGAUCAGAUGAAGCACAACGAGGAGCACAUUAGGGAGUUGAAAGACUCACAUGCUCAGCGUGAGCAGGAGCUUCGUGCUCAAAUCGAGACGCUCAAAUCUUCUGUCAAGUCUGCCGAGCAUUCGGACGAUGCCCUCUCAGUCCGACAGAGGUCGCAAUCGCCAGCAGUAACCAACGGUGACGGCCACUCCGACGAUGAUGUCACGCGUAGCACGGAGCUCACCCGCCUUAGCGAUGAGGCUGCACACUGGCAAUCCAAGCAUCUCGAGGCUAUCGAAGCCACAAAGGCCUCGGAGAGGCAGCACCUGGAGACUGUUCGCGAACUGGAGUCUGCGAAGCAACGACUCGAGGUCGACCACGCUCUACGCUUGUCCGAGAUUGAGCAGACCAGAGGCGCUGAAGCCGAAGCUGCUUUGCAGCUGGAGCGGGCCAAGCACGCUGAGAUGAUUGCCGCAUUGCAAGCUGAGGUUGACGAGCACAAGUCUACGGCUUUCAGCAACGCUGCUCGUCUUGCUGAACUCGAGGAAUCUCACAGCAACAUUAUCAAGCAAAUCGAGGAAGACGCCGAAGCACGCUCGCUUACCGAAAAGGAACUGGAGACGCAUCGAUCGCUCGUCAUCAACUUGGAAAGGCAGAUUGAGGAGCACAAGUCGGCCAUUGAAUACCACCAACAAGGCAUGGACUCUAUCCAGAAGACGCAUGCUGCUGAGGUCGAAAAGCUCACAUCAGAGCUCAUCACUCACCGAGAGACGGCCUCCUCCUUGGAGGCUGAUCUCUCCAAGGUCAAGUCAGAAGUGACGAUGCUGAUUGAAGGUGUUUCGGCGGCCUUGGGCGAAGAAACCGACAUUGGCACCAUCCAGUCUCACAUUGAGAAGCUGGUCGAGGAACGCAAAUCAAUUGCCAGUCGACUGGACGAGGCUGUCAAAGAUCUCGAAUCAGCACGAAACGAACUCUCGGCAGCCACGAGCACCAUUACUACGCUCAAGGGCAACAUGAAGGAGCUGGAACUCAUCAACACCGAGACGCUGAAGGAGCUUGAGAAAGUCAGUGAGAAGGAGCUCAAGAGCGCCCGCCUUGUACAAGAACUAGAAGACCAGCUCAACCAGAACUGGGACCAGCAUGAGGCUGCCAACAACCGGCUUUCGGCUCUGCAGACUGAACGCUCUCGCGAGCUCCAGGAUGCCAUGACCCAUGGCGAGGAGCUUGAGAAGGAAGUGCAGGAGUCACGCAUCAAGAUUGCCCUUCUCGAGUCACAACUCGUCGACGCGAAGCGCAACUCUGCUCGUGUGUCCAUGGAUCCCCGCGAAGACCUUCAGCGAUCCAACUCGAACAACUCGACUGCGCGCAAGAGCACGGCGCACACCUCACUACCUUCGCCUCCUCCAGCCAUUCCUCUUCCUCCUCUUCCUCCUGGCAGCCCGCCCCCUCAAACCAACGCGCCUUCUCCUCCUACUUCGCGUCAUCAAAGCAAAGAUAUUGCCCAUGCUCAAUUGGUUGAGGAUCAGGAGGCUCGUAUCCGCACCAUUGAGAAGCACCUAUUUGCUGAGAAGCAGCUUACUGCUACCCUAGAGGAUGCUUUGACUGACCUGGAAGCCUCAAGUACAAAGACCAAGGCUGAUCUCGAUCAGUUCAAGAAGAAGUGCGCCACUCUAGAAGAGGAGCUCAAUGUUAUGCGCAAGGAGCGCAGUGCAGCACGCCACUCUCUUCAAGCCGUUGAAGAGGAGCGCAACGCUCGUCUCCGUGUCGAAGCCGAGCGUGCCCACCUCGAGGCCCGCAUGGCAGCUCUAAACAACGCACAAAAGAAGGGCAAGAAGAAGGGAACACUCAACUGCUUCUAAAACUUCGUCGCGCCCGCCCAACGCCACACCUUUAACCUUCAUGUAUCUGCUUCUUUGCCACCUGCUUCUACCGGCGCACACUGGAAGGGAUCAUUACAUACCACGCUACAUACCCCCUUGUUACACUCCUGUUCGAUAUAGAAUGCUUGGAUGCUCUCG